AUGAGAAAGAGAAUACACGGGAAAAAAAGGAAUCCUUCUUCCAUCCCUGUCUCCAUCUCUUUCCCAAUUCCACAGCUUCCUCUCCCUCCUGGACACCGAUCGCAUCCACCUCGAAACCCUAGUCCGGCCAUGGCGCGACGAUCCGGCCCUCUCCUACGGCGCCUCCUCUCUCCAUCCCCUUCCUCUCCUCUCGCUGGCGCCAUCUUUCGCCGUACCGUCACCUACAUGCCGCGCCCGGGCGACGGAGCCCCGCGCACCGUCACGCUGAUCCCUGGCGACGGCAUCGGGCCCCUCGUGACCGACGCCGUGCGCCAGGUGAUGGAGGCAAUGCACGCACCGGUCUGCUUCGAGACGUACGAGGUCCACGGCGACAUGCCCUCCGUGCCCGCCGAGGUCAUCGAGUCCAUCCACCGCAACAAGGUCUGUCUCAAGGGUGGCCUCGCCACCCCUGUCGGCGGAGGUGUCUCCUCCCUCAACGUGCAGCUCCGCAAGGAGCUCGACCUCUACGCGUCCCUCGUCAAUUGCUUCAACCUCCCCGGUCUGCCCACCAGGCAUGAGAACGUGGACAUCGCCGUCAUCAGGGAGAACACCGAGGGCGAGUACUCAGGGCUCGAGCAUGAGGUCGUGCCCGGCGUCGUGGAAAGUCUCAAGGUGAUGACGAAGUUCUGCUCUGAAAGGAUUGCUAAAUAUGCUUUUGAGUAUGCUUACCUCAAUAAUAGAAAGAAAGUGUCGGCAGUGCAUAAAGCAAACAUCAUGAAGCUUGCUGAUGGUUUGUUCUUGGAGUCUUGCCGUGAGGUUGCAACGAAGUAUCCUGGAAUCCAAUAUAAUGAAAUCAUUGUGGAUAACUGUUGUAUGCAGCUUGUUGCGAAGCCCGAACAGUUUGAUGUUAUGGUCACCCCGAAUCUUUAUGGCAAUUUGGUGUCCAAUGUAGCUGCAGGUAUUGCUGGAGGCACUGGUGUCAUGCCUGGAGGUAAUGUUGGUCAGGACCAUGCCGUCUUCGAGCAGGGGGCUUCUGCAGGAAAUGUUGGAAAUGACAACAUUGUGCAGCAGAAGAAAGCUAACCCUGUUGCUCUAUUUCUCUCAUCCGCCAUGAUGCUGAGGCAUUUGCAGUUCCCAUCAUUCGCCGACCGGCUGGAGUCAGCAGUGAAGCGUGUUAUUGCAGAAGGCAAAUACAGGACAAAAGAUUUAGGCGGCACCAGCACCACCCAGGAAGUCACUGAUGCAGUGAUUGCCAAACUCAAUUAGCGACCACUUGUGUGCUUUUUGAGUCAGUUUUUUCCACCUCGGGCUAUGCUGCUUGCCCCGAGAUUUUUGUUGAUUAUAGCUUUAGAUCAUCAUUUCGUUCAGAAAAUCAUUGUACAUCUUCAGCUAUCCUAUUUCUGGUUUUGCUUCAAAAUAAUUGAGCAAUUUACCAGGAACUAUUAUUUCCAUGUUAUAACGGGAAAUAAGAGAGAAAAUUGUAAGAAACGAUUCUCUUUUGCAUCUAGCUGCUGGUACCUCGUGGAUUUGAGGAUUUGAAUUUGGCGAUUUGUCGAUUACUAUCGAGCUUAUAUAUUGACCCA